AUGUCCCGCCGCAAGAUCUCCUCGGAGUCCUUCAGCUCGCUGGGCUCGGACUGCCCGGAGACCAGCCCUGAGGAGGAGGGCGAGUGUCCCCUGUCCCGUCUCUGCUGGAAUGGCAGCCGCAGCCCCCCCGGCCCUGCCGACACCCCCUUCGCCGCCGCAGCUGCCGCCGCGGCAAGCGCUGGGGCUCGCCGCGCUCCGCGCCGCCGGCGGGUCAACCUGGACUCGCUGGGCGAGAGCAUCCGCCGCCUGACGGCCCCCGCGCCUCAGACCAUUCAGCAGACUCUUCAAAGGACACUGCAGUAUUUUGAGCAUCAAGUUAUUGGUUACAGGGAUGCAGAGAAGAACUUUCACAAUAUAACGAACAGAGGCUCCUAUACAGACUGCUCUGGCAAUGAUGAAACUGAAGAUGUCUCUGGAAUUCUGCAGUGUACAGCUAAUGUACUUGGUUUGAAGUUUGAGGAAAUGCAAGAAAAGUUUGGGGAGGAAUUCUUCAAUAUCUGCUUUGAUGAGAAUGAAAGAGUUCUUCGAGCUGUAGGUGGGACUCUUCAAGACUUCUUCAAUGGCUUUGAUGCUUUGCUGGAGCACAUUAGAACUUCAUUUGGAAGACAGGCCACUCUGGAAUCCCCUUCUUUCCUAUGCAAAGAACUCCCUGAAGGCAAUCUCAUGCUUCAUUACUUUAACCCACAUCAGAUUGUGGGAUUUGCAAUGACAGGAAUGAUAAAGGAAGCAGCAAAGAAGAUUUACCACUUGGAAGUGGAAGUAGAACAAGUCACUAAUGAUAAGUUAUGUUCAGAGGGGAUGAACCCAGGGAACUGCAGUUGUCUGACUUUCCUUAUCAAACAGCAUGAAAAUGCAAAUAUCACAAAAGCACUUCCACCAGGAACUUCUCAGUCUCCAUUAGACCUGAGGAUUAGCAUCAACACCUUCUGCAGAGCUUUCCCCUUUCACCUGAUGUUUGAUCCAAACAUGCUAGUUCUCCAGCUUGGGGAAGGUCUUAGGAAGCAGCUCAGAUGUGACACUCAUAAAACUCUGAAAUUCCAAGACUGCUUCGACAUAGUUUCUCCUAAAAUCAGUGCCACAUUUGAACGAGUUCUCCUGAGGUUAUCCACUCCCUUUGUCAUUCGGACCAAACUUGAAGAUUCUGACUCUGAAAAUAAAGAUAAGGUGAUGGAAAUUAAAGGACAAAUGAUUCAUGUACCAGAAUCAAAUUCAAUUUUGUUUCUGGGUUCCCCCUGUGUGGACAAGCUGGAUGAACUGAUGGGCCGAGGCCUCCAUCUUUCAGACAUACCUAUCCAUGAUGCUACUCGUGAUGUGAUAUUGGUUGGGGAGCAAGCAAAGGCCCAGGAUGGCUUAAAAAAACGAAUGGAUAAGCUGAAGGCAACGCUAGAAUGCACACACCAAGCCCUGGAAGAGGAGAAAAAGAAAACAGUAGAUCUCCUUAUUUCUAUUUUCCCUGAAGAAGUGGCUCAACAGUUGUGGCAGGGGCAGCAGGUUCAAGCCAGGAAGUUUGAUGAUGUCACCAUGCUUUUCUCAGACAUUGUUGGCUUCACUGCCAUCUGUGCACAGUGUACGCCCAUGCAGGUCAUCAGCAUGCUGAAUGAACUCUACACACGAUUUGACCAUCAGUGUGGAUUCCUGGACAUCUACAAGGUGGAAACAAUAGGUGAUGCGUACUGUGUUGCAGCAGGGCUCCAUAAGAAAAGCCUUAGUCAUGCUAAAGCCAUUGCCCUCAUGGCACUGAAGAUGAUGGAGCUUUCAGAAGAGGUCCUUACUCCAGAUGGGAGCCCUAUUAAGAUGAGGAUAGGCAUUCACUCAGGAUCAGUGCUGGCUGGAGUUGUUGGUGUAAGAAUGCCACGUUAUUGUCUCUUUGGGAACAACGUCACCCUUGCGAGCAAAUUUGAGUCAGGAAGUCACCCGCGCCGCAUCAACGUCAGUCCAACCACAUACCACACAUGAACUUCAAGAGAAAGGGCACCAGGACAACUGGAAAGAGGUGUUGCCUGGAGCUGUCAGUCUUUUGUUUGCAAGUUUAUAUUAGAAUAUGUGAAGAAGUCAUUGGAGGCAAGGAAGCACAACAGGAGGGCAAGCGAUUGAUGCCUUAAAUAUUAAGUAACAGAAGAAGUUGUAGAUGCCUCCCAAAGCACCAUAAUUUUACCCACUGUUACAGCUUUAGGCUAAAGAUUUGGGUUCUACCCACUACAGAGUUCAUGGAGAGAAGGAUAUUCCCAUUGGCUCAGAAGAAAAUCUUUAAUUUUGCCAGUAAGACCAAGCUUUAAAAGAGUUUUUAUGCUUUCUUGAAGACAGAAUUUCUUAUUUAGCACUGUAAAGAGACACUCAGACGCAUUUUCUUAAUGUAGGAAAAAGAUUGAAAAUGGCAAAGCAUUAUCCCUCUCUCUUUGUAGAAGUUAUGCAAAUGGAGAGAAGGCUUGAUUAAAUCUGCUUAUGACGAACAGCUGCUAAAUAAAAAAGGUGUUCCUUUUUGUUCAAAUUUGACAGCUUGGCUAUUAAAAUUUCUGCUGCCUGAAUUACUACAGAUCUACUUACUU